AUGAGCGACACUGUAGUGCUCUGGAUACAGCUCUUUAAGCGUAAUUCUGACAGGGCAAACGAUCAAUCUGCUGCAGUUGAGGAGUUGGGAGACGCUAUUGAAGUAGGCGUCAAUGAUACACACGUCACAAACAUUAGCAACCUACGCAAAUAUCUCAUCAAUCAUGGACGCUUCAAGAAGUCAUUGGAUGGUGUGAAACCAGAUCAAUUAUAUGUAUAUAUGGAUGCAGAAUGCAAAACGCCACUUCAUGCCGACACAUCAAUCACCCAAAUCGAAACAUCAGACGACAAUCCAUUGAGAGUCGUGAGGCCCGCUCCACCUCAAGUUGGGGAGUUUGACACCGCCACUACUACACUCUCUCCAUUGAGUUUCACUGUGAUUAAAUUGAAAGAUUUGAUGGAUAAAUAUGAAUCGCAAGGCCUGCUAGGUUUAUUCCCAUUAUUUAUCAACAGGUCUGCGCCUAAACUACUUGUGAACCGGGAGUACUGCCUCCUGCACGAAUUUUUAAAGAGAAUCUCUGCUGAGGGCAUUGUCAAAGAAGGAAUGACGUCUCGAGCUAUAGUAGGGAACCCUGGAAUUGCACUUCAAAAUGAGCUAUCUUGCUAUUAUUAUUUUGAUCAUUCUGGCGUCGUCAUGAAUGCACCUAGUAGAACCUGUCCGUCAGAUAUUGGGAAUCCAACUUGGGCCUUGGUUGAUUCAAAUCAGUACGUUGUCAUUCCAUGCAUUGGACUUAUCGGCAAUAGUCAAGUAUUAGUGGUUCAAGCGACUUCACCGAAAGUCGAGCGCUAUAGAGAGUGGACGAAGCAAGCUGAUGCAUUGCUCUAUUACAUGAAUACUUGGACGUGGGAAGAAGCUGCAUUUUAUGGCUCUGAGGUACUCCACUUGAACAUGAAUCGAAUAUGGGAAGCUUGGAAUGAUUGGAAUCCUUGUCCUCGAUACUGCUUCAGCAUUGCAAAAUCCAAGUAUCGUUUGGAGUCAUAUCAAAGAAGUGUGGUCAAAAGUCUCAGAGUUAAUAGACAGAAUCUCCUUCCACUCGUGCUCUCUGGAAGUUCUGCCAAUGCACAAGAGGCUUCAAAGCUAAUACUGAUAUCUGGUGUUGAAGUUCGAACUGCAGAGGACUGGAGUCUCGGCCGAAUGGACUUCAAAGUAGAAAUAAUAGGAAAACAAGUCAUCCGAAUGAUGAGUGACAAAAUUGAAACCCGCUCCGAAGUCGAUCGUAGGUCUUUCUAUGAAAUGCUAGGGAGAACGUCAGGUGAAGCAGCUGUACGUGGUAUGAUGCUGCAAGCCAGAAUGCACCGUCUUAUGUCCAAGGAAGGGCCUCCACUAAAUGCUACAUGUCUGACCGACAGAUCAGAGUUACUUGUUGCACCAACAGAGAAAGUCGUCAGAUUCAUGAAGACUGAUUUGUCAGCAAUGCUGAAGGACAAAGAGUCUGGGUACUUCUGGCCAAUAGCAUCAAAUUAUGCCAGUUUUGAUGGAUUUAUAUGGGACAGGAAGACGAGCAUCAUUAUUCUAUUGCAGGCUACGGUUUCAGCUGUCCAUCCAAUAAAGCAAAGCGGUUUCGAGGAACUAUUGAAAGCGUUUCGAGACGCUGGCUUGAGAACACCUGAGUAUCCAUGGCCACUUGUAUUUUGUACCUCAAUCAAUGCACUUGCAAUUCAAACUACUCAGCAAGUCCAGGGAGUUUGGAAUACAAGGCUUACUCAGUACAUCUUGAAGAUAUAA